AUCUGUAUGGUGACCGGCUUCUUUCCAAAACCAAUCAACGUGAGCUUGUGGAAGGAGAAUAAAAUAGAAGAUGUGGUGUGUCAACUGGGAUCCUACCCAAUGGAGACGGGACUUACCAGAUAACAGUGUUGAUGACUGGGAGUUUGAUAGAAGAGCAAAGUGUCUACUGCCGGGUGGAGCAUAGCAGUUUGAAAGAGCCAGUAAUAUUACAUCUGGAUAGGAAUCAUCGCACAUCAAGUGGGCUAAUUGCCGGGAUCACCAUUGUAACUAUUAUGUGUGUGGUUGGGUUGGCAUUCCUUUUGAAGCACUUUAAAAAGCGCAGGACAGGUAUUGUUCGUUCACGAUAUACAGAAGAAACCCUUCUAUCAUUAGGAUGA